GCAAUUGACGCUUUGGAGCUAUUUUCAUUCGUUGAGAAGAAAUAUAGCCUACCAACUAGCUUAUAACUUGUCCAUUUUACUGGAAAUUUAUUUAGGCGAUAGUUUACUUUUUAAUAGAACUAUUCUAUAAAAACAUCAAAUAGUUGCAAGGCUGUGAUCACCUCCCUCUGAUACUAACAGCGCUCUUGCGCGUGUGAUUUGGCAUCAUUGCGCGUGGGUUAUUUGGUUUUACUUUAUAAGCAGGGAAAUUAAAAGAGUGCAGGGCAGAAAUUAAUAUACUGAUGGAGCUUAAGAGAAGAAACUGUGGCUCGACGGAAUAAAUACUGUAGAUAAAUAAGUUUCUCCUUCCAGAGAAGCGUGCGGGGCGUCAGGAGUGUGUCGGAUUCGGCUGCAGGUAACAACGCACCCUUUAUGUGCGCGUUGGAGGCGGAGGCAGCUCUGGGGUGGGGUGGACCGGAGGAUCCGGUUUCGCCGGGAGAGAAACACACAGUGGUUCACCGCUUCUCCGCUCACUCCACACCGCAUGCUGUUCCAGCACACAGCGCGCUGUUCUGGAGGACUCUGACCAAUGGGACACGCUAUGACAUCUCUUCUCUGUUAUGUUGAUAAAUCUGAGAAGAUCAGAAGCUACACAUGAUGAAACAUGCAGAACACUCUGAAUAGAUUAAGGAAGACAUACAGACUGUCUGAAAACUCUUUGGCAAACAACGUUUUGGUCUUUUCUACAACAUUGGACUGUUUCAUGAAGUUAAAAGAAACGGAUGGCAAACCCGUUUCCAUGGACCAUAGCCAUUGACGUCUAAUGGCUAAACCUUCAAUGAAUGGUUUUCUCUUUUGGGUCAUUGGGAGUGCUGUAGAAUGGAGGAUCCAUUCCAGACAUUCUCUCAAGGGUCUGUCACGCUACCUCCGAGAAGAAUGAGCAAUUUUCACCAGAUGGAGACAUGCGCAUGUUGCUACUGAACUGGUCCAAUGGUUCAUUUGUCUGGACAGAGAACUAAUAGUACCCCGAAGAGGAGGAAGUGGCCGUAACUUGACCCAUGACAAAGUAUGUGGCUGAAGAGCCAGGCUGAAGUUUAAAGAGCGGGUGAAAUGGGAAUUGACAGUAAAGUUUUGAACAAAACUUGCUUUGUGGUCUGCACCUGGGAAAUAUGAGACUUUAGUCAACACACAAAACACAAACAGUUCUUCUUCUUUUUAAUCAAAGACAUACGCUGGUGACUUCAACAAGCAAUUCUGGCGUGGACAGCCUUUGGCUGAUCUUUACGUCUUGUUUUUGAUGGUACGCAGAGAUGCCACAACUUUAUUGAACUACGUCUUCCUACCCGGCUUGUUGUUGAGGUUGUCAGUUGUGAUGCUGCGCAGGGGUCUGCUGGCCUGGCUCUCACGUGUGGGUGUUCUGUUAGUGGUGGUGUGCUGUUGCCUUUCCCUCCUUUAUGUUAUCACUUGCAGCCCCCAUGCUGAUGAGCCCAUGGCUGGGCAACCCCUGCCCAGGGCUGGAGGGAUGGCUAUUGCAGGGGGUCCAAGCAGGCCAGGUGGUGUUGGAGGUGCCCCCAUUGGCCCUGCUGGGCGGGAAGGGUUCCAGGCCCUGCUACAAGAGCGGGAAGAACAGCAUCGGCAGCAUAUUGCCAGCUUGAAAAAACAAAUUGCUCAACUUAAAGAGGCUCUCCAGGAACGGAGUGAACAACUUAAGGGCAUGCAGGACUCUUUGGAGAAGACGGCUGGGAGGGGCACGGGGGGUGACAUGGCUGACGACCGCAGUCACAGCGACCUGCAGGAGUUCGUACGCAGCCAGCUGAGCCGGGCAGAGGUACACAGUGGCCUGCGACUUCCAAGCGAGUACGCUGUGGUUCCCUUUGAGAGCUUCACCUUACAACGCGUUUACCAGCUGGAAAUGGGGUUGACCCGUCACCCCGAGGAGAAGCCGGUGAGGAAGGACCGCAGGGACGAGCUGGGGGAGGUGGUGGAGAGUGCGCUGCACACACUCAAUGCACCAAAUCAAGGUGGAGACAAAAUGAAAGCCAGUAAAGUCUACACACCAUCAGACUUUAUAGAAGGCAUAGCGCGCACCGAAAAGGACAAGGGCACGCUGUACGAGCUGACCUUCCGUGGUGAGCAGAAACAAGAGUUCCGCAGGCUGGUUCUCUUCCGCCCCUUCGGCCCCCUCAUGAAAGUGAAAAGUGAGCUUGUGGAGACGGCCAACAUGCCCAUUAACAUUGUGCUGCCUCUGUCCCAGAGAGCCGACAAAUUCAAACAGUUUAUGCACAACUUCAGAGAGGUGUGUGUGAAGCAAGAUGGGCGGGUGCACCUUACUGUGGUUUACUUUGGAAGGGACCAGAUGAAUGAGGUCAAAGGAACCUUGGAGAACACAUCGAGGGAGCUGAACUUCCAUAACUUCACUCUGAUACAGCUGAAUGAGGAGUUUUCUCGGGGUCGAGGGCUGGAUGUGGGCGCUCGUGCCUGGAAGGGAGGCAACGUCCUGCUCUUCUUCUGUGACGUGGACAUCUUCUUCACCGCCGACUUCCUGAACACAUGUCGUCUUAAUGCCGAGCCCGGAAAGAAAGUGUUUUACCCUGUUCUCUUCAGCCAGUACAACCCAGCUGUAAUCUACGGCAGCCAUGAUCACAUCCCCCCUGUGGAACAGCAGCUGAUCAUUAAGAAAGACACUGGCUUUUGGAGGGACUUUGGCUUUGGAAUGACCUGCCAAUACAGAUCCGAUUUCAUCAAUAUAGGGGGUUUCGAUGUGGACAUCAAAGGCUGGGGCGGCGAGGACGUUCACCUGUACAGGAAGUACCUCCACAGUAAUCUACUGGUAGUGCGUGCCCCGUCACGUGGCCUCUUUCACCUGUGGCACGAGAAGCGCUGCGCUGACGAGUUGCCCCCGGACCAGUACAAGAUGUGUAUGCAGUCCAAAGCCAUGAACGAGGCCUCACACGGCCAGCUGGGCAUGCUGCUCUUCCGACACGAGAUCGAGGCACACCUCCGAAAACAGAAACAGCGAAGUGGAGCCAAAAAAGCUUGAUGGAAGUUACCUCUUCUAUACAUGCUUUUAAAGGGAUGGUUCAAGAGUGAAACUUUCUGUCCUCAUUAACUCACCCUCAUGACAUUUGGUGUUCUUUGUUCUGUGGAACCAAAAUGUUCUGGUCAUUCAUUUCACUGCACCAUAAAAUCACAAUAAAAGAGGUCCACAUGAAGCCCAAAAUGAUGUUCAAAGAAACAGCAAUGUCCAUUUUGAAAGAGAGAGAGAGAGAGAGAGAGAGAGAGAGAGAGAGAGAAUUUUUUUUUUUUUUUUUUUUUUAGUUAAAUCAUUUAAUUGAAUGAUCAGUUUGAAUGAUCACAAAACAGACUGUGAUUUUAACUCUAAAAAUGUUAUCCUGUUUCUACAGUAUGACAGAAGGCUUGGAAUAUAGCAUAAAAAUGAUUAGGCUGCAUGGGUAUUGACAGAAAUUUCACGAUUCGAUUCUGAUUUGCAGGCUGGCCAUUUGAUUCAAUUCUAAUCUUGAUUCACAAGCUUGUAAUUUGUUUCAGUUUGAUUAAGAUUCGAUUUGUAUACAAACAUUUUAAUUGCACAUAAUGACGUUUUUUAUAUUAAUAAAAUUAUAACUUUUAA